AUGAAAACCCUCUUCCACUUCAAUCCCAUUCAUAUCUACCGCUCCAUCCUUCGCCAAGCCACCUACCACCCGGACCCCAGAGCCCGCCUCUGGCUCACAAACUACGCCGUCUCAUCCUUCCACGAUGCCAAACACAACCUCAAAACCGGCCUCAAGCGCAUGUGCGAUCUCGACCGCCGCAGCCGAGAGACCGCCCUCCUCUCUCGCGCUCGCAAAUUCGCAACCCUGCUGACCAAAGCCAACAAUGGCUCGGUCGAGAAGUUCCGCCAAACUCUGGAUCUAGUCUAUGGCCGCAAGGGACCACGCAGGUAUGAGUUGAUGGAGGACAUCCUCCGCCCUCCGAUCGCGAAGCAGGAGCUCGGUGACGAUGGUGCCACACCAGUACCACUCCCGGAUGCAUUCAACCCCUCUCCAGCCUUUACAGCCCUCGCCAAAUCGCAGUCCCAGCAUGAGCGCUUCGUUCUGCGCCAUGCACCCCCACUCCGACACAAAGGCCCAGCAGCUAUGCCUGAAGUAACUAUCUGGGGCAGACCGAUCCCAGCGAACCAAGUCGCUAGGCACACCAGCAAAUGGUAUGCCCGCGAGGCCUCCAUCCUGUUGCCGCCGCUGCCGUCGGAGGACUGGCACUACGUCAGAGCCGUCGCGACAGGCGAGAUGGCUUUGAGAUGGCCGGUGAGGCGCAAAUGUGCACUACAUCAGACCCUCGACGACAACUCGGAUGAAGCAGCGACAUCUGCAGGGGGAAACAUCACCGAUGACCAGUCCAAACGACCGAGGAAGAUCGACUUCCUCGCCCCACUGAACCGUACAUACAUCAGUGAUUCCACCCGUCGUGGCGCGGACCGCACUCCCCACAUCGCCACCGCCCGCAGCAAGCGCUGGAUCCGCCGCCAGUACGCGUACCUCCUCCGCCACACUCCACUCGCGUCGCAGAGGCCGAUGCCGGAUCAGCCUUCGCUGCCAACGCUCUCUGAAGCAGACCAUGAUGGGGAACGCGGAGCAGAUAACAAGCAGGAGGGCGCCGUGACGACGAAAGACAACACGCCGAUAGACAGGACCAAGAAGGAGAAGGGCAAUGCAACAUCAUCCAGAGCACCGAAACCGACAUAUCUCUGGGAAGAUGCUUUGAACCGCACCACAUUCGUCCGCGAGCGUGUCAAAGAUGGGCGAGCUAGGAAGCUACUUUUUGGGUAG